ACGAUCCUUCUCUCUCUCUCUCUCUCUCAAACACAAAAACAAAAGUUUCCUCGAAUAGAAAAAUUCCAGACCCAUUCACAGUUUCUAAUCAGCUUCUUCCCAUUACUUUUCCAAGAAAUUAAAUAUUAAAAAAAAAAAUUCUAUAAGCCUUCCUUCCUUCCUUCCUUCCUUUGUCUGCUGUUUGGUUCCUGAGAAAAAAAAAAAAAAAAAAACUGAGGACAACAAUUGCAUUAUUAUAAUAUAUGUAUGUUCUGAGAAAAGAAUGUGAGUGGGUCCCAACCAACACCAACACUUGACUCUGCUGAACUCAUACAUACUUUGAUACUGUGUUGUCUUUUGAUAGAUAGAUAGAUAUAUUGUUUUGUUUGGUACUACGUCGUCGUAUUGUGUUUGGGGUUUCACAUGGCGGAAAUUACAGCUAAAUUACGGUUGGUUCGGUGCCCAAAGUGUGAAAAUCUUCUCCCUGAGCUCGCCGAUUACUCUGUUUAUCAGUGCGGUGGUUGCGGUGCUGUUCUUGGAGCAAAAAAGAAGAAUGUCCAGGCAGAUGGUAUGUCAGAUGAAGAAAGAGUUGUUGGAGUUCCUGCUAAAUUAGACCAUUCCUCUGAGAAAGGAAUGGUUGAUUUGAGUGAUGCUUCUGAUACUGAUGUUAAGCCAAAUGGUGGCUCUUUGAGAUGUAGUCAAGUGGAUUCAGAGAAGGAUGAUGUUGGGCAUGGUGAGAGAUAUGACGAUCAAUCUAAGCUUACAACUGAUAAAUGGGUCACUGAGACUGGUCUUGAUAUGAAUGCAGAUAGAAAUGAAUCGGUUGGUGCAAUGGGAAGGGAGCAAGGGGAACUAAAUCCUGAAAUUAGAACUACAAGUGGGUUGCUAAGAGUGGGACAAAUGUCUGAUUGGAAAAUGGGGGAGAGAGGUGAGAUGGAGGGGUUUCAAAGAAAAACAAGAAGUGAUGUUGAAGGUGUGAGGUAUUCAACUUCAAACUAUCCUGAUGAGGGCCCAUCAAAUUACAAUGUGGACUCUUCUUAUAAUUAUGGGGAACCAUUGACAAACCUUAAUGACCCGGAUGGGGCUAGUAGGGUCAAGUAUCUUCAAGAAGAUCGAGCUGAGCUUUUGAGGAAGCUGGAUGAGCUAAAGGAUCAACUUAGUCGGUCUUGUAAUGUGGUUGAUAAACCAAAAGAGAAGGUUCCUCUUGAUGGCAGGAUGGUUCCUCCGGAUCCUUAUAGUGGCCCUGAUAAUUGGUUUCAAAAUGGUUCUUCAGUGUCGAAUAGGCAGUUUCCUGAUAAACACGUUACUGGACCCCCUAGUGGCUCUGAUAAUUGGUUUCAAAAUGUUUCUUCAGUGUCAAAUAGGCAGUUUCCUGAUAAACAUGUUACGGGACCCCCUUAUUCAAAUCAUUGGCCUGAUCCAUAUCCUUAUACCAACAGGCAUGAAGUGGCUAUGCAUAGCCAUAGCUUCUAUCCUUCGAUGCAUAAUCCUGGAUAUGGUGAUCCUUUUGGAUCUCAAAUGCUCAGGAGAAAUCCACACCAGUUAGCUGGUCAAUACCCUCAACAGCCAUUACAUCCGUACUAUUCUGGGCAGUAUAUUGAUACUAAUCCUGACUCAUUUGAGCCAUACCCACCUAAAUCAGUGUUUCACCAGCCUUCUUGCCCUUGUUUACAUUGCUAUGACAAACUUCAUCGAGUUUCAGCUCCAGUUCGACCCCCUUCUUUUUGCAAUAAGAGGUUUCCUGAUGUUCCAAACAAUCCUGCUAUGUACCAUUAUGAGAAACUUGGGGCAUUUGGUCCAUGUGUUCAUAAUUCUAGGACUAUGAUUCCUCCAUCAAACAUUAGUGAUGCACAAUGCCACACAAGAUGGCCAAGUGAUUUUAAUCCUGAAAUGGGUGGUUUUGUUCGCUGCCAUCCUCGUAGGGUUGUGUUAGCCAGUGGUGGCCGCCAUCGCCGUCCCAUAGCUGGUGGUGCCCCCUUUCUUACGUGCUAUAAUUGCUUUGGGCUACUGCAACUUCCAAAGAAAGUACUGCUUACAGUGACGAAUCAACAAAAGAUGCGUUGUGGGGCCUGUUCUGCGGUAAUCAAUUUUGCUGUUGUCAACAAAAAGCUAGUUCUUUCACUUCAUGCUGAAACAAAGGAUAUUCCAAUAGAUGUUGAUGGUAGCUCUAAUGAGGUAGUGAGAGAUAGUGCUCCACAUUUCCAAAGCCAUAUGAAUCGGAUUAGUGCUAAUUUCUCUUCUGAUUAUGAUGAUUCUGGUUAUGAUUUUCAGUCAAUAGAUAGAGAACCUGUUUCAUUGCCUACGGGCCUAGGUUUGAACUCAAACAAGGCUCAUGAGAACUUUCAUUCUUCAUCUCCUAGCACCUCUGAUGAAGAAAAUGGUCCAGAAGUCUUAAUUGCUUCAAAAGAGGUGAACAACUCCACUCAGAGGCCAAUUAGGGCCAUUCUGUCUCCACCACCUCCUGGUUCACCACUUCAAGACCAUUUUGAUUACUCUUCUAAUAAUCAUGCAGUGAACCGGCUGGGGAAGGGAAAUCGAAGUAGUCGUUCAGAUCAAGAGAAAGUGAAACCUAAUAAGGCUGCCUCACGUCAAAAUUCUUUGAAAGAGGUAUCACUUGCAACUGAGAUGGAGGUGUCAUUCAAUGAGUACUCUAAUACAGGGGUUUCUCAAGAUUCUGGUGAUGCAGGCAGAGAAGAUGAUCAGCCCAGAAACAAAGGGGGUGAUUCAUUUUUUGCAAACAUUAUCAAGAAGAGCUUUAAGGAUUUAUCUAGAUCUAAUCAAACAGAUGAACGCAGCAGAAGUAACAUAUCAGUAAAUGGGCAUCUCAUACCAGAACGUGUGGUUAAGAAGGCUGAAAAGCAGGCUGGACAAAUUCAUCCUGGGAAAUAUUGGUAUGACUUCCGAGCUGGAUUCUGGGGUGUAAUGGGUGGGCCCUGUCUUGGCAUAAUUCCCCCGUUCAUUGAAGAGUUUAAUUAUUCCAUGCCAGAGAAUUGUGCUGGUGGAAAUACUGGUGUUUUUGUCAAUGGGAGAGAGCUUCAUCAAAAAGAUUUAGAUUUGCUUGCUAGUAGAGGGCUUCCCACUGCUAGAGAUAGAUCUUACAUCAUUGAGAUAUCCGGGAGAGUCCUGGAUGAGGACACUGGUGAGGAGCUAGAUAGUCUUGGCAAACUUGCCCCAACGGUUGAGAAGGCAAAGCAUGGAUUUGGUAUGAAAGCUACAAGAGCAGCUCAGAGUCAAUAGAGAUCACAAAGUUCUAUCUUAUCUUCUGGCAUGUAGACAAUGGCAAACACAUCCUGUCACAAUUGGAAAAAAACCAUCUUAGCAAAUUCUUUUGGAGGAUCCACAAAGUUUUCUCACCUUGAUGGAUAUAAAGAUUUUGGAUUGAUUGUAUGGCCUGAUGUAUGAAAGUUAUAUCUCUAUACAAAGUAAUUGUGUGCUGAUGUUUUGUAUUUUUAUAUAUGUAAAUCACAUAGUUUUUUCCUUGAUAUUA